CAACGAGGUCGAGGGGGGGUGCCCGUUCGAAAAGCGGGCACCGGAGGAAGGAGGCCUUCAUCGUCGCCGCCGCAGGACAAGAGAGACAGGGGCGGAAUGAUCGGAACCCAGUAACGUUGCAAGCAUACGUGCGUGGAUUCCUGGCCGGACGGGUCGCUCCCAGCGUUCAAUUCAGGUGGCCAGCGUUUUGCGGCGAGCGUGCGAGCUAGGAAUCAGAAUUUUCGAAUGUAAUUUUAUGAUCGCCAGGAGAAUGCGGCGUCAAGUUCGUCAGGAAAACGAAUCCUUCGCUGUGGUUGCCGCGGUUUUUUCAUCUUGAAGUGGGGUCGAAGGGCUUAGUUGGCUACACCUUUAGAAUGAUGCUGAAUUCUCUUUGAGUUGGGGAGGUGCGCUUGGGUUGUGAGACGUACCCGCGAGAUUAAGCAACUAUACACGUGAUUGCACAUUUUUGUUUUUUGUUUAAAUUUAUUGUUUUAGGCAUUUUCGAGAAGAGAGUGACAAAGACAGAGGAGAGGAUUCAGUAGGAGGGAGUCGCGUUGCGAGGGGAGGGUUUUGGCUGCGGCUGCGGCGGUGCGAAAAUGGCGUUCAGUAAUGUGGUGAUGAUCGUGCUGAACUUCCUCUCAAUGAUAUUGUCGUUGCCGAUAAUUGCUUUCGGGGUGUGGUUGGCGAAGAAGGGCGACACGGAGUGCGUGCGGUUCCUGCAAUGGCCGAUUAUUGUGCUCGGAGUAUUUGUGCUUGUGUUGUCGCUCUCGGGCUUGAUUGGGUCUUGGUGCGGGAACAGGGUUUUGAUGUAUUCUUACCUGUUCAUCAUGUUUCUCCUCAUUUUGCUACUCUUCGUCUUCACGAUUUUCGCAUUCGUCGUCACCAAUUCUGGGGCGGGGAAAACUGUGUCCGGGAAAGGUUAUAAGGAGUACAGGCUUGGGGAUUACUCCAAUUGGUUGCAGAAGCGGGUGGACAACCCAAAGUAUUGGUCCAAAAUUAAGAGCUGCCUAGUAGAUGGCAAGGUGUGCAGCGACCUUACCAAGUAUACGUCGGCUGCCAGCUUCAGCAAGGCGCCCCUCACUCCUCUCGAGUCUGGAUGCUGUAAGCCACCAACAGAAUGUGGGUUCACCUUCGAUAACGCCACGACCUGGGUUGGCAAACCACCAUCAACCGUUAGCAACAUUGACUGUGGACAAUGGAGCAACAUCCAAACCAAGCUAUGUUUCGACUGCAGUACUUGUCGAGCUGGGGUGCUGCAGAACGUGAAGUCCAACUGGCGUAGGGUCGCCGUGGUGAACAUUAUUGUGCUGGUGUUCAUUAUUUUCGUUUAUUCAUGUGGGUGCUGUGCUCUGAAAGCUUCUCGCAGAGAGCGGGCCAAUCACAAGUACAGGUAUGGGUAUGCCUAGUUUCAAGCACCACGGCUUUCUACUUGCUUCAAUUAAUAGCCAAGUCACCGACUAUCACACGACAUGGUGGCUCACAGUCAAGCUGAAGACAACAAUGUUUCAUUUUGAGACGCGGCUCGAAGGCGAAAGCUACCACAUGAGAUUGUCAUGCAUGAGCUCAGUUUGUUUUCCCAACGGAUAGCUUUCCAAUUACUUUCAGUGGAGCAUGACCUCCGUUUGGUUAUGCCAGCUGUUAUGAUCUGUUCUGUUCUGUGAUAUACAUAGAGACGGCACAGUCAAAAUUAUUCUUGAAAGUGCUUCUCAUAACGAGCUAGUGUAGAAGGUUCGAAAGUGUAAUGUUUGAAGCGGUAGGUGAAACCGUUAUCUCAACAGUUCAAUCCUGAGCUUCCUAUAGGAUGUCAACUUAAUCUAAACCUAUUUUACUCUCUUCAGUCGCAGCCUUUGAAGAAUA